AUGGCGUGUUUUAAAGUGGUAAAAGUUUUAUUUUGUAUUAUUUUCGGUUUUAGCCACUCAACGUCGUGUUAUAAGUUACCGAAAAACGACGAGAAGUGUCCAGAAGUCAGGGCCAGAAGCAACUGUGAUCUAGACGCAAUUAAAGGUCCGUGGAACGUGAUCGAGUACUAUGCGAGUUCCGAAGAGGUGGAGAUCUACAGAUGCAUGAGGUCGACGUUCAAUCUAUCGCCGGACACGCCAGAGAUUUCCAUGGACUUUACGUAUAGCUACGCUGACGACCCGGAUAACGAGAUGCUAACCGGCAACAUCACGUGGAAUAUACCAAGCUUCGAACUUCCCGGUCAUUGGGUUCACAUGGAAACACCAUACGAAGGGGUUUACAACACGUUUGUACUGGACUGUAAGGACACGUGGGCAGUGCUUUUGCACUGCGCUGAGAAACCGUCUAGCCCGCGGUACCUGUCCAGCAUCCUAUUGUCCAGGAACAGGACGGUGCCGGUUAACGUACGCAGUUACGUACACGACAAACUGCCCAAGUACGGAGUCCAACUCGAGUACACUUUCCCUAUGGUGCAGGACGAUUGCAGUCCCGCCGUCAUCCCGCUGUACUACGGUACAAAAACGGUGGCAUCCGGCAACAGGAAGACCGGGGCCGGAAAUAACAAUGUCAAGCACCCCAUGUUGCACAACGACCGUGGCAAUAAGCAACAAACCGAAAUCGAUACAAAUUUCAAUAAUUGA